AUGGGCUCGAAAAAGACUUCAGAGAAUGCUGCGCUCGAAAAGGUGGCCACUCCCGAGAAGAUUUACAGAGUUCAAACAAAGGAGCAGGACAUUUGUGAAGUGCCCGCUUCAAUUAUCAGCAUGUCGAAAUUGGUCACUACCAUGCUUGAGGACUUGAAUCUCCAAGAUGACGACGCUCCCAUUCCGAUUCCAAACGUCACAGCUCCAGUUUUCAAAAAGGUUCUGUGA